AUGACACAACAGGCUGAUGCUGAGAAGGAAUCUGACUCUGAAGACGACACUGCCGACAUCUACGAUGACGAUGCAGGUGCAGCUGUGACUGAAGCCGAGUUUACUGAAUUGUUUGAAUCACAGUGGGAGAAACCUGAAGGAUUUCAAGACAACUCUCGAAACUCACAAAUGACAGGAGUAUGGGUGGAAGGAGUCAGUGAAGAUGGUCAGACCUACUAUUAUAAUACAGAGACAGGAGUAUCAACGUGGGAGAAGCCUCAUGGUUUUGUUUCAUCUUCAUAUGAGAGCAAUAAAGAUGACAAUCAUCCUGAAGAACACACCACAGCGGAUUCAAAGGGAUCUGAAUCAGAUGCUGAGAAGGAUGGUAAUAAAAGUGAAGUACAAAAGCCAGAAACAAACUUAAAGAUGAAAAGAGACAGCGAUGAAGAAACAGAGGAAGAGAAGCCCCCCAAAGUUAAAAAGAUAAGCCCUUAUGGAGAGUGGCAGGAAGUUAAACAAGAAACUGAUGUUGCUCAGGAUGAGGCCCCGUCAGUUCCACAAGUUACCUCCCACAAUGUAUCUAAAAAGACAAACCCUUAUGGAAACUGGGAGACAGUUACAGAAAAGGAAGACCCAUAUGAAAAAGUGGACUUAGAGCUUCCCAGUACAGAGAGUGACUAUCUCCCUCUGCCAGUGCUCCAGGUUCCAGAGGAUGCAAAAAUGAUAUUUAAAGAAAAAACAGUCACCUCCCUUGGAGACCUGACAGAAGAGGUUCCGAUCUUCAAAAAGAGAAAAUUUGAAAAUGGAAAAUCUAGAAAUUUACGACAAAGACCAACUGAUCAGUAAUAAAUUAACAAAGCAUUUUAGAUGCUGUUUAAACGAGAGAGGGUCAAAAGUUACUAUUUUAAACAAGCUUUUUUUAAAGAAAAUGUUGGUUAGAAAUUAAGAAUUUAUAGUUAUUCAAAAAUGUAUUGAAUGUGGAUUGUAAUAAAUUUUUUAUUUUUAUGUUAAUGUGAUUAUAUUUUGUUUUCUGAAUGGAUAAUUGCACAAUUUAUGCAGUGUUGUAAAUACAUUUAUUUUUUAUUUUAACCCUGUUAUCUGAUUUCAGUUUGCUCAAUGUGUGCUACUUAAAAUACAAUAUAAUAUAUAAGAUUUUGACUACUCUCCUAGGUAUAUGGGAAUACAUCAAUGCAUAACUUGGAAAAAUAUGGUACAGAGCAUGUGUGUGAACACAAGGAGUGGAUAAGCGGCAGUCCACUGGUACCCAUGUACUAGAAAGUAGAAUUAAGACCCAAUAUGAUAUAAGCAGAGUGGCCUUCCAGCAAACAAGCUUUGAUUUAAUAGUUACAAAAUUGAAGGUGAUGCAAGUGCAACCCACUCCAAGCAUAAUUUGAGAUUUUCAAAGCCAAGGUAGGGGAGUGAGCCACACAGAUCCCAUUUAUUACAAAAGCGAGUUUUGAAACUUUUGAAAAUCUCAGCCAAGUGUUCUAACUUAGGUUCAUGGAAAGCAAUACUGUACAUACAUGAUAAAUAUAUUGCAAGUAUACAGAGAUUCAAACCUUGUUCUGAUUAAUCUGUUUUUCACAAUACCAUGAUAAGUACCACCUCUGUGUCACACGUAUUUCUAUGAUAUCUUCCCCAUUGUGUUUUUUACUGUAUAUUUGUGUGUCCAUGAUUUUUCCUCCAGUUACACAUUUAUUUUCUUUCUUCUCUCCAUAUUUUCUUUGUCUGUUUCCUUGUAAGUCAGGAAUGGUCACACACUAGUUUCAUGAACAAGUCCUUCAAAGUUGGAGUCAUGCUCCAAUGCAAGACACUAUUUUAGUGGCUGUUGCUUGUGUGAAAUGUUCAGAUGAGUGCACUGCCUAGCUACACAGUGCUAGAUUACUGAUCAUAGAAUCUG